AUGGCACCGUAUGAGGCUUUGCAUGGAAGACCUUGUAGAACUUCAGUUUAUUGUAAUGAGGUUGGCAAAAGACAGUUGAUAGAACUAGAGUUAGUCCAGACAACAUUAGAAAAUGUUAAGGUAAUCAGAGAAAAUUUGAAGAUAGCUCAUGAUCGACAGAAGAGCUAUGCAGAUAAAAGAAGAAGAGAGUUAGAGUUUGAGAUCGGAGAUCGAGUAUUUCUAAAGUUGUCACCAUGGAAAGGAAUACUCAGAUUUGACAAUAAAGGUAAGUUAAGUCCCAGAUACAUAGAACCCUACGAGAUAAUUGCACAUGUAGGGCCAGCAGCUUACAAAUUUGCUUUACCUACUGAGUUAUCUAAGAUAUAUGAUGUUUUCCAUGUAUCCAUGUUAUGGAAGUAUGUACCCAACCCUACUCACAUUCUCCGAGAACAACCAGUCCAACUAAAAGAGAAUUUAUCUUAUGAAGAGGAACCAGUUCAGAUCCUAGAUAGAAAAUAG